UUGGCUGAAUGGCCACCAACCAUUCGCGUUGCGGUCGCCAUCUUUGUUGAUGUGUCACCUCGGAGCGACUGAAACUGAGGCUGAAGAGCCGAGAAAAGCGCUAAUGUGCUCCAUAUGUAGUCUGCGGUGGAGCUGGGUGUCGUGUCAGCCCUGAAGCGGUUGGGAAGCGAGGAAGAGUAUGGAGCAGAAGGAUGUCCCCUGUGGGAGACUGGAGGAGAGGGCCCUGCCAGAGGGCUCAGCAGAGGGGCAGGGCCAGGACUGGAGCAGCCUGGGCUGUGAUCAGACUGAAGGAGGAGGGGGCAUAGCAGGAGGAGAGCCCUCCCAGGAGAAAGGGGGCUGUUUGACCCCACCAGAAGAUGAGUCUGUCCAGGAGAACCAGACAGACCUGCCUCCUCCUGGCACAAGUGGAGCGGCGCCUGUGAAUGACAGCGAUGACCCGCCCCGAACUGUGGCCCCGCCCACAGAGGGAUCUGUGGAUGACAGCGAUGACCCGCCCCGAACUGUGGCCCCGCCCACAGAGGCAUCUGUGAAUGACAGCGAUGACCCGCCCCGAACUGUGGCCCCGCCCACAGAGGCAUCUGUGAAUGACAGCGAUGACCCGCCCCGAACUGUGGCCCCGCCCACAGAGGUGCCUGUGGUUGACAGCCAUGACCCACUCCUGGCCGUGGCCACGCCCACAGAGGUGCCUGUGGUUGACAGCCAUGACCCACUCCUGGCCGUGGCCACGCCCACAGAGGUGCCUGUGGUUGACAGCCAUGACCCACUCCUGGCCGUGGCCACGCCCACAGAGGUGCCUGUGGUUGACAGCCAUGACCCACUCCUGGCCGUGGCCACGCCCACAGAGGCAUCUGACUCUCCGCCCCUGACGCCACCAGCUGAAGAGGCCCUGGAGCUGCCAGGCACACCGGCAUCACACAUGGGCCCUGGACCCCCCGAGGCCGCCAGCCCCUAUGACACGGAUUGCAGCCGGAAGCUGAUGUCAGAGAUCCAGCGUACGUUAUCCCAUGAGUCCCUGCUGGAUGAGCUGGAAUCCGAGCUGCUUGAUUGCCGCUUCUCGGGCGACACCCCUGGUGCCCCCAAUGGGCCGCAGAACAGCCAGAGAUCGGCGACGGCCUUCGAAAAGUGUUUCCAGUACAAAUACUCGCAGCAGGAGAAGGCCAUUCAGAGGCUGCUGGAGGAAAAUCGGCGGCACCAGGAUCUGAUCCUGGGAAUCUGCUCAGAGAAAGAUGGGAUGAAGGAGGAGCUGAAGCGGAGGAUGGAGGCAGAGCGGCAGCAUCUAGACACCAUCCAGAAGAUGGAGGCCCGGACCGAGGAGCUGGGAAGGGAGCUGCGGACCUCUAAGGACAAGCUGAUGCAGCAGGAGGCAUCUGCCAAGGCAGCCAUGCGGCAGAUGCAGCAUGACACAUCCCACCGGCUGGAGCAGGCCAGCAGAAAGUGUGAGGAGGCUCGGCAAGAGAAAGAGGCCAUGGUGAUGAAGUAUGUGAGAGGGGAAAAGGAGGCGCUGGACCUGCGCAGGGACAAGGAACAGCUGGAGCGCCGGCUCCGGGAGGCCAGCAGGGAGGUGGAGAAGCAGGCCCUGCGGGGGAACCAGCUGGCCCAGGACAAGGGCCGGCUACAGCAGCUGCUGGAGGCCAAAGAAGGCGAGGCGACCAGGCUCACCCGGGAGCUGGAGAAAAUGAAGGAGGAGAUCAACUCCCACAUCAUCAAGGUCAAGUGGGCACAGAACAAGCUGAAGAGCGAGUUGGACGCCCAUAGGGAAACCAAGGACAAGCUGCGGGAAACUACAUCCAGGCUGACCCAGGCCAAGGAGGAGGCCGACCAGAUCCGCAAGAACUGCCAGGACAUGAUUAAGACCUACCAGGAGUCAGAGGAGAUCAAGUCCAACGAGCUGGAUGCCAAGCUGCGCGAGACUCGAGGCGAGCUGGAGAAACAGCGGCAGGAGCAGACAGAUCAGCUGGAGGUGCAUCGUGCCAAAAUGAAGGAGCUGGAGGACCUCAAGAGAACGUUCCAGGAAGGAAUGGACGAGCUUGAGACCUUGAGGACUAAGGUGAGGUGCCUCGAGGAGGAACGACCGCGUACAGAAGAGGAACUCAGCAACUACAGGGAGAUCAUCAACCGGCAGAAGGCCCAGAUCCAGAGCCAGAAGGAGCAGCUGGGCAUCGUGCAGCAGUUGGAGGACCAGCGGCACAGAGACGAGCAGGAGAUACGGUCCCUGAAGGAGGAGGUGGACAACCUGAAUGGGCUGAUCGCCGACCUGCACAGCGACAUCCAGGGGAGCCGUAUCCGAGAGGGGGAGCUUCUGGGCUUCACUGAGAAGCUGACCAGUAAAAACGCCCAGCUGCAGUCCGAGGGCAAUGCCCUGCAGGCCCAGCUGGACCACAUGGGCAUGGACUCCCAGGAGCUGCAGGGUCGACUGCAGGAGAGAGAGGGCGCCGUCGCUGAGCUGACGCAGUGGCUGCAGCAGGAGCGGCAGCAGCGGGUAGACGAAGUGCAGACCCUGCAGGCACAGCGGGCCGCGCUGCAGACAGACACUGCGCAGCUGCAGACACGCGUGGACGAGCUGGGAGAUGAGCUCACGACGCAGAAGAGGAAACACGCAGCCAAUGUGAAGGACCUCACCAAGCAGCUGGGCCAGGCCAGGAAGAAGCUGGAGCAGGUGGAGAACGGAGCCUGUGACCGGGAGGCCAACAGCAUGGGCAGCCGCUCCAGCUCCUCAGGUUCUCUGAACGCACGCAGCAGUGGCGGUCCGGACGAGCGCUCCCCGGAGAGCAGUACAGGCACCAUGCGGACGGACAGCUUCCCCGAGGUAGACAAGACUGUGCUGGUUGAGCGCAUAGUGCGCCUGCAGAAAGCCCUCGCCCGUAAGAACGAGAAGAUCGAGUUCAUGGAGGACCACAUCAAGCAGCUUGUGGAGGAAAUCCGCAAGAAGACCAAAAUUAUCCAGAGUUAUGUGCUGCGCGAGGAGUCAGGCGCCCUUUCAUCAGAAGCAUCGGACUUUAACAAGGCCCACCUGAGCCGCAGGGGCGGCAUCAUGGCCUCCCUGUACACGUCGCAUCCGGCCGACAGCGGGCUGACGCUUGAGCUGUCGCUGGAGAUCAACCGCAAGCUGCAGGCGCUGCUGGAAGACACGCUAUUGAAGAACAUCACCCUGAAGGAGAACCUGCAGACGUUGGGAGCAGAAAUCGAGAGACUCAUUAAACGGCAACAUGAGCUGGAAGACCGGCUCAAGAGGAAAUGACAUCACUGGGAAGCAGGCCCGUCAGGAGGUGUGCGGCCCCCGCUACUACAGGUGGGCGCAGUGAGAGAUGGCGGCCCUGAGCAGUAACCCAAGUGAGGGGGCCGAGAGGGGAGUUCAGGACACCACCAGCCUGGCCCUGCACGCGCCACUUCCAGCCGCUGUAUGAAGAUUCCUGAAAUAAACCAGACUAACAAAGGCGCCCUUUGAACCUGGCACUCUCACCGGCAUCCUCCAGGGGGCCACGUGGUCCUAAUCGGGGGGGCUGGCUGGCAUGGACCCCCCCGCCCACCAACGUCCCCAGCCCCCCUGCUCGGUUUAAGCGCUGGCCAGUUUAAGCUGAAGUUAUUUAUAUUCAGCUUCAUUUGAGUUUGAUUCCUUCUGUUACAGGAAGAGUGGCAUGUGAUUUAGAGUCUAAACACUGUGUGUCUGUGUGUGUGUGUGUGUGUGUUUGUGUGUCUGUGUUUGUGUGUCUGUGUGUGCGUGUCUGUGUGCGUGUCUGUGUGCGUGUCUGUGUGCGUGUCUGUGUGUGUGUCUGUUUGUGUGCGUGUCUGUGUCUGUGUGUGCGUGUCUGUGUCUGUGUGUGCGUGUCUGUGUCUGUGUGUGUACCUGCUAUUGUGCCCCUCCGUCUAUGUGCUUGUCUGUCUGUGUUGCCACACACUCCCUAAGCACGUAGGCUGUGCCCCUGACCUUUGUGUUAGACACGCCCUCUUACUGUGCCCUUGACCUUUGCACCUUCCUGGCCCCACAGAGAGUGAUGCCUGUUGUCCCCCACUCACUGUUACAUCCAGCAUGAGAGGAAGCACGGGCUGAUGGGAAAUGGGGGCGGGGUCUCACUGUUGGCUGGCGGCCUGGUUUGUAUGGAAAGUGACAUGGGAAUGUGUCCAGUGGGUCAGAUGUGACGUUCAUGGAGACGCGGCUGGGCUGGGGGGUCACAGGCCGUGUGCGUCACUGGCAGCACGUCACUGGCAGCACUGGACUGAUGUUCUGAUGCUUGCCAUCUCCAGCUCUCUCUCAUGCCCCCACCCUACACCCAGUCCUCCCUCACCCCCCCAGGUUCUGACUGACCCCCUUACACCCAGCCCUCUCUAACCCCUUCAGCCUCUACCCUGCGUUCCCUGAUCCCUGCCUCCCCCCCAAACGCAGCCCCCCCUGCCCCCUCAGGCUCAGCACGGCUCCCCUGCAGUCUUCUGCUCGUCUUGCAGGUCCUCCUGUUCUCUCCUUCAUUGGAUCCCUUCUGUUUUCUUUCCCUUAAAUGGAAAAUUGAAUAUGCAUUUGUAGAUAAAUACUGUAAAUUGGCUGUGUUUUUAAUUAUUCUAUAUUCUAUCUGUAUAUAUGGCAAUUACAGAAAAUAAAACAGGCGUAUGGUGUUUUUUCCGCCUAUAAGAACAAA